CAUCCAACUCCAGAGCCAGCUCUCGAACCCUAUGACAAAAGUGGAAGAGGUUUCUAUCAUGAUACUACAGCUUGGCUCAUUUGCCCUGUUGAUUACAACUGGUCCAUUGCCCAGCAUAGAGCAAACAUUCAUGGUUUUCACCCCAACUUUCAUUUAACUGCUGACUCUUGGCCUCACUUCCUCUACAAGAAUGAAGAAUAUAACCCCAAGAAUCCUGUGAAAGGACUCUUCAAAAAUUCCCUCCUCUUGCAGCUUACACUGCUCACCCUCUUCACUAUAGACUUUCUACAUAUUUUCACAUCCCCAAGCUCAGCUGCUUCCAAGAGUGCCAUUCACAACAUUGAUGAAGAAAGCCAACACACCACUGAACCCAUGAGAAAGCGCCAAAGGGGUCCAAGUGAGAAGUGUACAUGUGCCCACAUCACUGCUCUCCUCAGAAUGAAGUCUGUCAGCCCCCAUGCAAUUGCCUAUGCUGCAGUACAGCUGCAGUAUGCUCUGUCGAGUGCCUCAUCCUGGCACAUCAUUGACAAGGAUUUCAAUUAUGAGCUUUUCUACCAUAACAUUGUGUCCUUCUUUGAGGAUGUGCAUAAUGUGGUUGAGAAAGCCAAGAUUGAUGAGCUGCUUUUGUGGUGGAACCAGUAG